AUGGGGAAUGAGCAGUCUCUACCUUACAAUCCGUUCCUCAUUCACCUGUCGCUAAAAAACACCAUCGGAAGGGAACCGAAUGAAGUUAUCAAGGCGAGUAAAGAGGCCAGGGGUACGCAGUACAUCCUCAAAACCUCCUCUCGCAAAGUAUACGGCCAGCUGAUAGAGAUGAAACAAUUAAUUAACGGGACCAAUGUGGAAAUAACCCAACAUCCAACACUCAACAAAACGGCGGGAGUGAUAUACGAUUUGGAUACUAAAAAUCUAUCCACCGACCUGAUCAUGGAAGGACUCAAAGCGCAAGGGGUUAUCGAAGUGCGCAGAAUCACCAAAAAAGUAAGUGGUAUCCCGACCAACACUCCGCUACUGGUUGUAUACUUUGAGGGCUCGUUCCUUCCGGAACACGUGUAUCUAGGAAUGCUGAGAGUAAAUGUAAGAAGAUACUACUCGAGUCCUAUGCAGUGCUACAGGUGCGGCCGUUUCGGACACGGCAGCAAAAAUUGUAAGGAUAAAGAAAUAUGCCUAAACUGCGGUACGGAGCAUGAGUCAACAGGGGAACAUUCGGCACGAGAUCGCACAUGUACAGUCUUUGAAGCAGAAAAACACCUCGUCAAUGUUAAAACGGACAAUAACAUAACCUUCCCCGAGGCCAGAGCUUUGCUGAAACAAAACAGAACAGGCAACGAAACAUAUGCGAGCACGGUAAACUCUCGGAUGAACACUUACGUCGAUGAUAAAGAUCGCAUUAUACAACUGCUCAGGCAGGAAGUGGAAUCUUUAAAGAAGGCCACCAAUAGCCAACCAGCAAGCGAUGAUAGAGACACCACUAUAAAAAAAACUUAA